AUGCACGUUACAGCAAGAAGAACUUGCAGAAACAGCUCAAGGUCUCCGCCUUUAAAAUACAAAUUCGUGGACCGGGGAAGGCAAGCGAGUCGAAGCGCUUUCGACCCUUCGCCAUGGGGCCGGGGGCUCUCGCCAGAAGAUGUGGGCAACGUUUCGCCAGAGCACGCGCGCCUCUCCGCGUGCGACCAGGAGCUUGAGGACUGGAAGCGCUGGGGACCGUAUGUCAGCGAGCGGCACUGGGGCACCUGCCGCGAAGACUAUGCGCCCCAUGGCAAUUCAUGGAUAUACUUGCCCUUUGAGGCUGCUCACUAUGUGGCCUACCGCUGGGGCGAGGAUGGACUGGCUGGCUGGUGCGAUCGGUCCAUGCACCUCUGCUUGGGCCUGGCGCUUUGGAACGGCAAGGAUGCGAUCCUCAAGGAAAGGCUCUACGGCCUGUCAAACCCACAGGGAAACCAUGGUGAGGACGUCAAGGAGCUUUACUACUACUUGGAUGCCACGCCAACCCACAGCUACAUGAAAAUGAUGUACAAGUACCCGCAGGCGAAGUAUCCGUACGACGAGCUGCGACGGGUCAACUUUGAAAGGAAGAAAGACCCACUGCUGCUGGAGUACGAGCUGCUCGACACGGGAAUCAUGGACGACAACAAGUACUUUGACGUCGUUGUCGAGUAUGCUCAAGCCGAUGUGGACGACACGCUGGUGAAGAUCACGGCGCACAACCGCGGAGGCGAGGAGGCGGAGCUCUGCCUGCUGCCACAGGCCUGGUUCCGAAACGUCUGGUCCUGGAAGAAGGGCAGCGCAAAGCCUGCAAUGAAGUAUGUUUCGGAGAUGAAGCGAAUAGAGAUGGCGUACUGCGGCCGCGUGAUCUUCUGCGAGAACGAUACCAAUGAUCUGCGCGUGAGGGGAGGUGCGCUGAGUCCCUACCAGGAGCCAGCGCCCGUGGAGGGCACCCCCAAAGUUGCUGGUGGCGACUUCCGAUCUCUGGAGCCUAACGCUUGGUUCGGCCUCUGGCGUCGCUUCCAAGAGAAGGUUCUAGGCCCGGAGCCGGCGAAGAAAGGCCAAGAGACCGGUGUCGACCAGGGCUUCCCACACCAUCUCAGUGGUCGGACCUCCGGCCCCUUCAAGGAUGGUUUCCAUGACUACGUGAUUCGCGGUGACAAGGCAGCGGUGUCCACCAGCAGCGGGACCAAGGUAGGCUUGCUAACGAGGCACAAAGUGGCGGCAGGCAGCCACGUGAGCUUUCGCUUCCGCCUCACCUGCGCCCAAAAGAGCUUUCCGCAAGGAGCCUUCCUGGACUUCGACGCGAUCUUCGGGUCGCGGAGAGAUGAGACCGAGAGGUUCUACGGUCUGCUACAGGAGGACAUCAUGUGCCCCGAGCGACGGCUCAUCCACCGCCAGGCGCUCGCGGGCAUGAUCUGGACCAAGCAGCUCUACUACUACGACAUCCGGACCUGGCUCUCAGGCGAUGAGGGCCGCGAAAAACCACCAAGCCGUGGUGGUCGCAAUGAAGACUGGGACCACUUGUACAAUGCCGACGUGAUCUCCAUGCCGGACAAAUGGGAGUACCCUUGGUAUGCUACCUGGGACUUGGCAUUUCAUUGCUUGCCACUAGCUCUGGUGGAUGCCCAGUUUGCAAAGGCCUGGGCAGUGUGGCGGGUCUUCCAGAUGGACCGAAAAAACCGUGCUGACGAUGGAGAUCUAGGUUUCUUGGAGGAGCUCUUUCACAAGCUCAUGUUGAACUUCACCUGGUGGGUGAAUCGCAAGGAUGCCGAGGGCAGGAAUAUCUUCCAAGGUGGCUUCCUAGGCUUGGACAACAUCGGUGUGGUCGAUAGGAGCCAGCCGUUUCCCAAUGGUGGUAUGAUCAACCAAUCUGAUGGUACGAGCUGGAUGGCUUUCUACAGCCUCACCCUGAUGCGCAUGGCCCUCGAGUUGGCUCUCCACAACCCGGUGUACGAGAGUAUUGCGUGCAAGUUCCUGGAGCACUUUCUUCACAUUGCCCGCGCCAUGACAAGGCUUGCGGACAAUGCCGAGCAUGGACUCUGGGAUCCAGUUGAUGAGUUCUACUACGAUGUGCUGGCCAACCCCGAUGGAAGCCGCGAGCCAAUCAAGCUUCGUUCCAUCGUCGGCCUGAUUCCCCUCUUUGCUGUAGAGGUCCUCGAGCCUGACAUGCUGAAGAAGCUCCCGCGCUUUGCCAGCCAAACGCAGUGGCUUUUCGACAACCGCCCUGACUUGGCCUGCCUUGUCUCGCGAUUUGUGGAGCCCGGCCGCGGGGAACGUCGGCUCCUGUCCCUGUUGCGCGGCUACCGGAUGCGGUCACUGCUCAAGCGGAUGUUGGACCCAGCCGAGUUCCUGUCAGACUAUGGCGUCCGGGCAGCCGGCACGUUCGAUGCCAUCGCGGAGUACCAGAAAGCGGGCGGGGCCUUUGCGGUCUGUACAGGACGAGAUCUGGGCUCUGCGCGAGGUGUGCUGAAAGGCUUGGACAUUGAUGCCAUGCCUGGGGUCUAUCUGAACGGCACCACUGUGAAAGGCAAGGGAGGGGAGAUGCUGCGGAACCUGACGUUGCCCACACAGCUGCUUCAGCGAAUGGUGGACUGGGGCCGAGAGCACCGAGACAAGGCCUCGAUUCUUUUUGUGGAGGGCGAUGCUCACUACGUCAUGGAUCGCUCAGAAGAAUAUGCCCUCUUCAUGCACAAGCACCUGCUGGAUCCGGACCCGCUAGAAGUGAAGGGCGGAUGGGAGUCUCCAGAGAUCCCUCAGAAAGUGAACAUGAUGCGGGUCAUCUGCAGUCCAGAUGACAUGGACACCAUCAAGCCGCAGGUGGCUGACUGCGUGAAAGGCCUUGCCAACUAUGCCCAGUCUUUGCCCACCACGAUUGAUAUCAUGGCUCCUGGAACAAACAAGGCUGCAGGCCUGCACGUGCUCCUGGAGGCUCUCCAACUUAGCAUGGCUGAGGUCUGUGCUAUUGGGGAUUCUGAGAACGACCUGGAGAUGUUGCAGUCUGUCCGUGUGGCUUGCGCAAUGGGCAACGCCGUGAAGAAGACCAAGGCCGUCUCGCAUUUCGUGAUGCCCAAAAACUUCGACAAUCCAGCAGGCGUGGUUUGCCUUCUGCGGUCACUUACCAAUGCUCUGACUUGCCGUGGCGAAGCGCCCCCAAAGCCAGUGCAGACACUUCGAGUGGCCUGCUUCUGUUGUGGCUCCUGGGGGACCGGCGUGGCGCGCCAAGUCGGGCAGUCGCUUCUUCACCUUCCUCGAUUCGAGGAGCCGCUGCCCAUGUGGGUGCCGUCAGCAGAGACAGCGGCGCACAUCAAUUCCACGGGCUUCGAUGAAGAGAAUCUGCCAGGCUUGAGGUUGCCGCGGAACAUCCGAGCCACCGCUGAUGCUGCAGAGGCUGCCAAGGAUGCCGACCUGCUGAUCCUUGUGGUGGCACGUGAGAACAUGGCGGACGUUGUGGGACAGCUGCGGGGCAAGGUUAAAAGCACAGCAACAGCUGUUGUGAUGUCGAAGGUACUGAUGCCCCACCGGCCCAAGGACAAGGGGCUGCUCCACUUCGGCAGUGAUUUUGUCAGUGAAGCCCUUGGGAUCCCGGCAGCAGUGCUCAUGGGCGGGACGCUGGCAGCGGAUGUGGCCCGUGGGUAUUUUGCCGAGGCCACAUUGGGCUGCAGAGAUCCAAAGGUUUCGGAGGUCUUGCUGGAGCUCUUCAAGAAGCCCAACUUUGCAGUGACCAGCCUUCCCAGCCCAACAGCUGUGGAACUCUUUGCAGUCCUCAAGGCAAUCAUCGCAGUGGGGGCAGGCUUUUGCGAUGGGCUCGAGCUCGGCCACAACUCAAAGGCCGCAGUGAUUCGUCUGGGGUCUGUGGAAUUGGCAAAAUUUGCCAAGCGCUUCUACCCGGAAGAGGCUUCCAAGGAAGCCCUGACAGAAGCUUGCGGCAUCACAGACAUCAUCGCUUCCAGCUAUGGGGAUUCACGAACGAGGCGCUGUGCUGAGGCCUUCGCCAGGGAGCCGCAGAAGGGCUGGGAGCAGGUUGCUCGCGAGAAGCUUCGAAGCGGCGAGCCCGCGGGCAUCGCCGUGCUGCGGACCUGUGCGGCCUUUGUUCGAUCCCAUCGGGCCGAGAGCGAGUUCCCGUUCCUGGCCCGUGUGGACCGCAUCUGUGCCGGCAAAGCAGCCCCAGAGUCACUGACAGAGAUGGCUGUGCCGCGGGUACGUGCCUCAAAGGCCAUGAAGGUUGCUGUGCUUGGAUCCGGCAACUGGGGCUGCGCAAUUGCGAAGAUUAUUGCACGGAACGCGCUGCAGCGCACUGAGUUUCAGAAAGACGUUGCCAUGUGGGUGCACGAGGAGAUGGUGGAGGGCCGCAAGCUCACCGACAUCAUUAAUGAGGAGCACGAGAACGUGAAGUACCUGCCUGGUGUUGAGUUGCCACACAACCUGUAUGCUGAGCCAGAUGCAAAGGCCGCAGUCAAAGACGCUCACAUACUUGUCUUCGUGCUCCCGCACCAAUUCCUACCGGGGCUGCUAAAUUCCAUCCGCGAUUCUGUGCUGCCGGAUGCCGUGGGGGUCUCGCUGGUCAAAGGCUACCUUGAGAUCAACCGCGACACAGGGUCCAUCACCACGGGUACACAGCUGAUUGAGGUGGAACUGAACAUCCCGUGCGCUGUGCUCAACGGUGCUAAUGUUGCCAACGAUGUGGCCCACGACCACUUUGCGGAGGCCACCCUUGGCUGCACCAGCGACCAGUCCCAGGUGCUCUGGGACCUUCUGAACACACCGCAGUUCAGUGUGCGCACCACGCCUGACGUCCUGGGUGUUGAGCUCUUUGGAGGCUUGAAAAACGUGGUGGCCCUUGCCGCGGGCUUCUGUGACGGGCUCGGCUUCCCUCCGAACACCAAAGCUGCCAUCCUCAGAAGGGGCUUGCAAGAGAUGGCCAGACUCAUCAAGGAGCUCUACCCAACUUCCUCGCCGGACACGCUCCUGGAGAGCUGCGGCCUGGCUGACCUCCUCACCACCUCGUACAGCGGACGUAACCGCAUGUGCGCAGAGGCCUUUGCCAGGGACUCCUCCAAGAGCUGGGCAGACAUUGAGGCGGAGCUGCUCUCUGGCCAGAAGCUCCAGGGUUGUCCAUCUUGCCGCAAGCAGGCCACUGUCAUCAUCAUGGGUGGCAACUCUAACUGGAGAGGGUUUCCCAUCAACUACCUCCUAAUCGAGUCUCUUCAGAAGUUCCACCAGUAUUAUGGGGACGAGUAUCUCAUUGAGUGCCCAACUGGCUCUGGCAACAAGAUGAGCAUCCUGAAGAUUGCAGAUGAGCUCUCGGAGCGACUCAUCAAGAUUUUCUUGAAGGCUGAGGACGGUCACCGGCCAGGGAUGCGUCUGCAUCCGAAGAUGAAGGAGGAGCACUUCGAACAGAACCUUCUCUUCUACGAGUACUUCCAUGGUGACAACGGCCGUGGCGUGGGAUCCUCGCAUCAAACCGGCUGGACUGGUCUGAUCGCCAAGCUGAUCCAGGCCCGUGGCCAGGAGGACGCGCACGAGAGCUAA